CCUCGGUUUCGGUGUUCCUCGUGAGAUGCUACCCGCUACCAAACAAAAAGGAAUCGAAAUUAGUGUUGUAAGCAUUUCUGCGACAAGGAAAGUGUGAGCAAGGCUUAGGAUUUGUAUCAAAUUCCAGUGCAACACUCCGGACAAACGUAAUCGCGCGUGUACGAAUUAAUGUAAAUAGGCAUAUAGGCUUACAAAGUGUGCUAUCGAUUCCGGCGAAUGUGAGACAACAGUGCCACCAUUUUUUUGCGAGCAAAUUGAAUGAAAAAAAAUCUUUGGAAGUGAAUUCUUUCAUUGGCGCUCGUCCACCUGUAACGACGGUUGAUACGGUUAUAAAACAUAUAUUCUUUUCGGAGUGAUUAACUGUGUGGAAUACACCGAUUUCUACAGCUAAAAAAUGGCUAGUACCAGUACUGAUGUUCCGAUGGAGUCGGUGGACACGGCCACGGGUGCACUGAGCCCCAACACAGUGAACGGAAACGGGAAUGAUCUGGCCACCAACGCAGAAGAUAUGACUUCGCGUGAUUAUUACUUCGACUCGUACGCACACUUUGGCAUCCACGAGGAGAUGCUGAAGGACGAGGUGCGUACGUUAACCUACCGAAACGCGAUGUACCACAACAAGCACCUGUUCAAGGGGAAGGUCGUGUUGGAUAUCGGUUGCGGUACCGGCAUCCUGUCGAUGUUCGCGGCAAAAGCCGGUGCGGCGAAGGUUAUUGCGAUCGAGUGUUCGAACAUUGUCGACUACGCACAGAAGAUCAUCGAGGCGAACAACUUGCAGGAGACGAUCACGCUGGUAAAGGGCAAGGUCGAGGAGGUGACACUGCCGGACGGGUACGACCAGGUGGACAUUAUCAUUUCGGAAUGGAUGGGUUACUGUCUGUUUUACGAGUCCAUGCUGGACACGGUCAUAUAUGCACGGGAUAAGUGGCUAAAGAAGGACACGGGAAUGAUGUUUCCGGACCGGUGUACGCUAUUCGUGACAGCGAUCGAGGAUCGACAGUACAAGGAUGAAAAGAUCAACUGGUGGGAUGAUGUGUACGGCUUCAACAUGAGCUCGAUACGGAAGGUAGCGAUCAGCGAACCGCUGGUAGACGUUGUGGACCCGAAGCAGAUCGUCACGACCUCGUACUUGGUCAAGGAGAUCGAUCUGUACGUGGUGAAGAAGGAAGAUCUGGAGUUCGAGUCUCCGUUCCAUCUGGUAGUAAAGCGUAACGAUUUCGUGCAGGCGCUCGUGACGUUCUUCAACGUGGAGUUUACCAAGUGCCACAAACGGCUCUCAUUCAGCACGUCGCCGGAUGCGCCGUACACGCACUGGAAGCAGACGGUGUUUUACUUUGACGACUAUUUGACGGUUAAGAAGGGUGAAGAAAUUUACGGUACGUUCAAGAUGAAGCCGAACGUGCGCAACAACAGGGAUCUGGACUUUACGGUCGAUCUCCACUUCAAGGGUGAACUGUCGCAGGUGCACGAAAAGAAUCAUUACCGGAUGCGCUAGGAAGGGCGAAGGAACGAAUACGCAUGUCCCUCCGUCACGCGGUCACCAACUAAUAGCCCCACCACCCCAUCAUCAUCACAUGAAAAACAUCCCCCAGUUUCCGCAAGUUUCAGUCAGUAGAAUGCAUUGAAUAUUUCGCAAAAUAGCUCUCAUGGCCCGAACCCAUAUAGGACAACAGGAGUCGUUUAAUGAUAAUGGUAUAUUAGUAUCGGUACAUAUUUUUCGUGACGACGUUACACUUCGUUCUGUGAACCCAGUGGUUCCAUUCACACUCACAACAGACAUGUUUUUACCCGUGUGUGAUACGAUAUAGUUUUUAAAUGUUCGUUAGAAAAAAAAACACUCUAUCCCGGUCCGUGACCAUGAAUGUGCGCAUCUGCAAUAGGUAAUGCAGGACUUCCGGUGGAAUUUGGUAAUAAGUUAUCCAAAUACCCAUAUUAGCCCUACUUCCAUCCUCCUUCACACCUAAUCACUGACGUAAGCCGGUCCGCCGUAUCAGAGCAGCAGCAACUUAGUGGGAACGAAGGAGAAACCAUCUGUAACCAACACAUUGAACUAACUAAGAAUCUAUAGGCGCGAAUGGUAAACAAGUGAAACAAAAGUUAAAAAAUAUACGACCGAAAAUUAUGAUGACUGGAC